GAAGGUAGAUCUACCGAUUUUGAAAAUAAAAUCUCACGGUUAUUAUUUUUAAUUAAGCAAAAGUGGUCAUAGUAUUUAGUGAUAAAAACCAUAAAAAUAUACACCAAUAAAAUAACCUUAUUAGUCAUAAAAAAUAACUUGUUUUGUUAAUCAUUUCGGUUAUUAUAUUAUCUGUGAUAAUAAGAGAUUUUUAUGUUACCAUCAAAAAACGCUAAAAAUUCCUCACACGAACAAAGUGGUCAUUCAAUGAGUUCAGGUAAAGCAGAUCGUAAAAUGAGUAAAAAACGGAAGCGUUCUGUUGCAGACAAAGAUGAUACAGUAUCAAAGAAGCUCUGCGUGGAUAUAAAUGUUACUAGUAAUGAAGAUUCAGUAUUUCCUAGUGAUUUACAAGAUGAACCUAGACAGAAUUUGUUUCACGAAGAAAGAAAAUUUGCUAAAAGUGUUGCGGGCAGAGAAGAUACACCUAGGUUUAAUAAGUUCUUAGAUUUUUUAAUUAAUGGAGAAGGAAGAAGAUAUCUAGAAAUUCUGAAAAGAGAAGGAGUAAAUUUAACUAAUAUAUUUAGUAUUUUAGGCAGAGCAGGAGCUAAUGCUUCUAAAGCUUUUCAAGACUUAUAUGACCUUUUGUUUGAUGCAGAAGAAAACAAAACACAGUAUUUAAAAACUCUAGAAGAAGAAGGAAUAAAUCUAUCUAAUAUGUCCAGUAUUUUAGGCAGAGCAGGAGCUAAUGCUGCAAAAGCUUUUAAAGACUUAUAUGACCUUUGGUUUGAUAGAGAAGGAAAUAAAACUCAAUAUUUAAAAACUCUAGAAGAAGAAGGAAUAAAUCUAGCUAAUAUGUCCAAUAUUUUGCAUGGAAUAGGAGCUAAUGCUGCUGCAAACGCUUUUAAAGACUUAUAUGAUCUUUGGUUCGAUGUCGAAGGAAAUAAAACUCAAUAUUUAAAAACUCUAGAAGAAGAAGGAAUAAAUCUAUCUAAUAUGUCCAGUAUUUUAGGUGGAUCGGGAGCUAAAGCUCCUAAAGCCUUUAAAGAAUUAUACGAUCUUUGGUUCGAUGAAGAAGGAAAUAAAACUCAAUAUUUAAAAACUCUAGAAGAAGAAGGAAUAAAUCUAUCUAAUAUGUCCAGUAUUUUAGGCGGAUCGGGAGCUAAUGCUUCUAAAACCUUUAAAGAAUUAUACGAUCUUUGGUUCGAUGGAAAAGGAAAUAAAACUCAAUAUUUAAAAACUCUAGAAGAAGAAGGAAUAAAUUUAGUUAAUAUGUCCAGUAUUUUGAACGGGGUAGGAACUAAUGCUGCAAACGCUUUUAAGGAACUAUAUGAUACUUUUUUUGAUAAGCAAGGAAAAAAACAAUAUUUAAAGGCUCUAGAAGAAAAAGGGAUAAAUCUAGCUAAUAUAUCCAGUAUUUUAGACGGAGCGGGAGCUAAAGCUUCUAAAGCUUUUAAAGACUUAUAUGAUCUUUGGUUCGAUGGAAAAGGAAAUAAAACUCAAUAUUUAAAAACUCUAGAAGAAGAAGGAAUAAAUCUAUCUAAUAUGUCCAGUAUUUUAGGUGGAUCGGGAGCUAAAGCUCCUAAAGCCUUUAAAGAAUUAUACGAUCUUUGGUUCGAUGAAGAAGGAAAUAAAACUCAAUAUUUAAAAGCUCUAGAAGAAGAAGGAGUAAAUAUAUCUAAUAUGUCUAGUAUUUUGAAUGGAGCAGGAAUUAAUGCUGCAAAAGCUUUUAAAGACUUAUACGAUCUUUGGUUCGAUGGAGAAGGAAAUAAAACACAAUAUUUAAAAACUCUAGAAGAAGAGGGAAUAAAUCUAUCCAAUAUAUCAAGUGUUUUAAGUGGAUCAGGAGCUAAAGCUGCAAACGCUUUUAAAGGCUUACAUAAUCUUUGGUUCGGUGUAGAAGAAAAUCAAACUCAAUAUUUAAAAAUUCUAGAAAAAGAAGGGAUAAAUCUAGCUAGUAUAUCCAGUAUUUUAAGUGGAGCAGGAGCUAACGCUCCCAAAGCCUUUAAAGACUUGUAUGAUUUUUGGUUUGAUGCAGAAGGCACUAAAACACAAAAUUUAAAAACUCUAGAAGAAGAAGGAAUAAAUCUAACUAAUAUGUCCAGUAUUCUGCAUGGAGCAGGAACUAAUGCUACAAAGGCUUUUAAAGAACUAUAUAAUACUUUUGUUGAUGAGCAAGGAAAAAAAACACGACAUUUAAAGCAUUUUAUUGAGAAAAAAGAUAAGGAAGAAAGUUUUACGCCGCACAACUUAUCUGGUAUAUUAAGUGGAGCAGGAGCUAAGACUAAAGAUGCUUUUAAAAAAUUACAUAGUGUUUGUUUUAAUGACAAAGGAAAAAGAACAGAACUUUUAGAUGAUUUCUAUAAUGCAGGUUUUAGGCCAGUGGUGUAGACACUCUAGUAUAUUUAGGGGCAAAAGCAUAAGGGGGAAUUUUACUACAAGU